ACUACUAAUAAUAAUAAUAAUACUAAUAGUAGUAGUAUUAGUCAUAAUACAUCAGUGAUAUACUAUACAUCAAAAAGGAAGUGAACUCUUAUUUAGAAAGAGAUCAAUAUCAUUUAGACAUUAAGAUAUAUCUAUCUAUAAACAGUUCCUAUAUAGAAAUGAUUCUAUUACAUCAUAUCAAUAAUACAUUAUGGUAUGGAUAUUCUAUAAUGAAAAUUUAUUUCUUAUCAGGAUUAUUAAUUAAUUUAAUAAUCAAUUUAUUAUCCAUCAAUUAUUGUAUUGAAAGUACUACAGUGACAAGUGGAUCAUGUUUUGCCAAACGUUUAAAUAGUGGUAAUUGUAUUGGAUUAAUGGAAGAGAGUAUAUCACAAUUAGAAUGUUGUAAACGUGGUGGAUUCUAUUUAAAUCGUCAAAUAACUCAACAAGAGUAUUUAACGGAUCAUUUAUUAUUUGAAUCUGGUACACCGAAUUGUGUUCAAGCAUGUAAUGAAGAAUUACCUUCAACAUGUAAAGGAUAUGUAUGUCCUGAAGGACAUUAUUGUCGUAUGAUUAAUAAUGAACCAAAAUGUAAAUGUCGAUUACAAUGUAAUACAGCUGAUUAUUUAACUGGUCCAUUAUGUACAACUAAUUUAAGACGUUUUCAUAAUCAAUGUCAUUUAAAACAAGCACGUUGUAAAUUACCAAAAGAAAGUCUUGAAGUAAUUCCAUGUCCGGAUGAAGGUUUACGAUGUUCCGAUUUAAGUAUAUUAUCAGAAAAAAAUUUCAAUCUUAAUUCAUUAUUUAAAACUUUAUAUAAUGAUUAUGAAGAAGGAAAAGAUGUUUCGUCAUUACCAUCAUCGACUUCAUCAAUCUCAACAACAAAUACAAUACUACCAUCGUCAUUAUCAUCAACAACAACAACAACAGAUAAUCAAGACUAUACAAACAAUCUAGAUGAUAAUAUCAUCAUUAUGAAUCGUAGAACAUCAACAGAUCUAAAUACAUAUAUAUCAAAUAUAGAUGAAUCCAUUUUUGAUGAGAAGACAAUUUAUUCUAAUGAUGAAUUAUCUAAAGAAUUAAUAUGUAAUACAAAUGAAUAUUGUUUAUUACGUCAAUUUGAUGGACGUCCAUCAUGUGAAUAUUGGAGUGAACAAUCAUGGAAAACAUUAAAUAAUUGUCCUGAAUCAACAUUUCAUGAACCAAUAUGUAGUACAAAUAAUCAAACAUUUUAUAAUAGUUGUGAUCUUAAAUUAGCUGGAUUAAAAAAUCAAUUAGAAGUAAGAAUAGCAUAUAAAGGAGAAUGUCGAAGUAAAGCUACUUGUUCUAAUAUCCAAUGUCCAAGAGCUGAAAUGAGAUGUAGUCCACAUCAUUUAACUGGUCAACCAAUUUGUAUGGAUUGUGCUAAACUACCAUUAGAUUGUAAUGCAUCAUUUAGAAAUGGACAAGAAACAUUAACUUCAGCAUCGUCAUCAUCAUCAUCAUCAUCUACAGGUAUACUAAAUAAAAGGAAAACACAAGUAUUUGGUGAUCCUGUUUGGAAAACACCAGUUCAAACAUAUGGUUGGCCAGUUGUUUGUGGAUCAAAUGGAAAAACUUAUCGUAAUACUUGUUUUCUUCAUGUUGUCAAUUGUUUAAGUGAUAAAUUUGUUGAAUUAAGAAAACCGGAAUUCUGUAGUGAAACUAUUCCAUCAAGACAUAAUGAUUGGGGUAGACAUUUUGGUAAAUGAUCAACCUUAUUCUAAUCAUAAACAGAUAGAGAUGAUGACAACAAAUAACAACCAAUCAAUCAAUCAAUAAAUCAAUGAAUCAAUUAAUUAAUCAAUCAAUCGAUUAAUCAAGAUUCAUCUAUCAAUUAUUUAUCUAAAAUUUAACAAGUCAAACUAGAAAAAAUAAACAAAUUAAAUCAGAAAACUCUAUGUCAGAACUCAUUCAAUGUGAUACACAAAAUUGAUGUGUAAAAUUGUGCAAAUUAGAAUGCAAAUACAUAGCACAAUUAUUAAUAAUAAUAAUGAAAAAUAAAAAUUAUUAUGC